AUGGCUUUACAUUGCAUCAGACAUCAAAGUAAUGGUACUGCAGAAUAUCAUGCAGAAAGUGAUUUUAUUCAGAUAAUGUCUGAAUUGGUAAUUCAACCUAUACUUGACCAUCUUUUAUCCUGUGAGAAGAACAACACAUCAUUGAUGUUAGCUAUAUUUGUUAUAAUGUUAGCUAACCAAUUUGAGAUGAAGCUGAACUUGGAAAAUCAAGAUAUUGUAUAUAAAAAUUUACUGGUUCAAGUUAACUGUGAAGAGAAAAAGUGUUUGUCUUCUGAAUUUAUUGUAGAAAAUUUGGAUAAAAAGUAUGUUUGUGAGCAGAUUUUGAAUUUUAUUAAACAACAACCUGAUGUUAAAGAUCGCAUUUGUGUUUGUACAUGGUUAUAUGCUGCACCAUUAGUACAUUUUUUAAGUGGUCAUGUUUAUCCAUUCAGUAAGAUUCCAGUAGAUGUUUGUCAUUUAAGUCCAGAAUGGUGGUGUUUCCCUGAUUUUGAACAGAGGAAAAACACUUUAAAGAACUACAAGUGGAACAAUGUAACAAAACACAAGACAAUAUUAUGGAAUAUAACACACUUCUUUAAUAAGGUUGGGCAUAUAAUGUUUCAACACAGUAUACACCUGUCGUCAUCAGAUGUAAUGGCAAGAGAAUAA